AUGAAAUGUGUAAUAUAUACAUAUAUAAUAAUAUUAAUUGGUUAUUCUGGAUGUUCUGAUAAACCAAGUAACAUAUAUGGAUCUAAUGGAAAUGAUAGUGAUGAAGAUGACAAUUUUGAUGUUACUGAAUUUGAUGAGGAAUUUGGUCAAGACAUGGUUUAUUAUCCAAGUAUAAACCAAACAAAUUAUGGAGCAAUUGGUGAUCCAAUACCAAUUCAUACAACUGAUCUGUAUCAAGAUACUCAUAAAAUAGAUUAUGGACCUAUAGGUGGACCUGUCAUGGUAUCAACUAUUCAAACACCUAGUCUACCACCUACAGAAAUAGAAAAAUCUAAAGAACAAUCAAGUCAGAAUCUAUUUGGAUGUUAUCCAACUGAUGAUUUUCAAUUUCCACCUCAAACACAAGACAUAUCUACAGAACCUCCUGGAUCUGGAUCUGGAGAUCAACCACCAUAUAAAACUGAAGAAGGUGCUGGAGGUGGAGAUUAUGAGGAUGAGGAUGAAGUUUUUGGUAGUCAGAGUUUAAAUUACGGAGUUUCAUGCCAAGACGAAUAUUCAACUUACCUUCCAAUGACAUUUUAUAGACUAGAUCAUAUGGGUAACUAUAUUAUAAUGAAUACUACAGACUAUAGUAUAUCAGGAUUUGAUAAAUGUUCAGUAAAAUAUUCAUUUUUAAGACCACUUGAACUAAUUGUGUGCAACAACAUGACUGUUUGGAUUCAUGAAGCAGAUUCUCAAUAUCCAAAAAAUGUAAUUUAUAAAAGGUUUAAAAAGACUUUUAUUUUCAUUUUUGAUGUCGAAAUAAUUAGGUAUACAAUGACCUCCAAUCAAUGGGUACCAAAAUUUUUCUAUAUUCCAAAGUUUUUUAAACUUUAUGAUACAGACGAUAAUGGGAUAUUUUGUGUGAUAAGUCGAGACAAAUACACAGUCCAGCUUACUGAAUACGGUGGUUUCCAUUACAUACUAAACCAUGGAGUAAAAUGUAGAAUGGUUACUAUUGGAGAAACCUCACUAUUAACAAAAACUGGUCAAUAUAAUUAUGUAAAAUCACUAACUUGUUUCAGUAAAAAUUUCAUAAGAAUGUAUUUUCCUACCUUAAUUGUGAAUUAUAAAUUAAUCAACAAUCAGUGGAUAAAAUAUAUUAUGAAAAAAGAUAACUAA